ACAGCAAUCUUAGUAACCUUUGUAUCGGCUUCUCGAGCUCUGGAUCACGGCAAAGAAAUGCGGAAAAACCUGAAUUUCUCAGAGGCAUCGAUAACUUUGGACCGGUCCCAAGCUGUCAUGAUUCCCCUUGCUAGUUCUUGUAGUCUUCUAUUGAUAUUCUAUCUUUUCUCAUCUGUGUCCCAACUUAUCACUGCCUUUGUGGCUGUCGGCACAACCUCCGCAUUCUACUUCUGCCUUAUCCCGUAUGUUGCUUACGUCAAAUCGCGGUUUGGUGUGGUUGAUCCAUUCAUCUUGCGGUGCUGUUCCAAGUCUUUGACAUGAAGCCAGGGAAUGUUCGUGCUGUUUUCUAUAGGAAUUGUGGCAGCUUGGCUUAUCACUGGGCAUUGGUUGCUGAGCAAUCUACUGGGGAUAUGCAUAUGUGUUGCAUUUGUUAGCCACGGACGACUACCCAACAUUAAGAUAUGUUCUUUGCUUCUUGUCUGCUUGUUUCUGUAUGACAUAUUCUGGGUCUUCCUCUCGGAGAGGUUCCUUGGAGCAAAUGUUAUGGUUUCUGUUGCAACACAAAAGGCAUCUAACCCAGUUCACAAGGUGGCAACAAGCUUAAGCCUUCCAGGAUUGCAGUUGAUUACAAAGAUGUUGGAGCUGCCUGUUAAAGUUGUUUUCCCAAGAAAUUUGUUUCCUGGGUUGGUUCCUGGAAGCAGCAGCACAGAUUACAUAAUGCUGGUCCUUGGAGACAUGGCUGUUCCAGGUAUGCUUCUAGCUUUGGCACUAUGUUUCGAUCACAGAAAGAGUAGAGACAUGGCAUGUAUGUCAGAAUUAUCCUCAUCAAAGCAGCACAAAUACAUAUGGUAUGCGCUAUUUGGGUAUGUGGUUGGACUGAUCACUGCUUUAGCUGCUGGAGUUUUAACUCAAUCCCCCCAGCCUGCUCUUCUUUACUUGAUACCAUCUACUUUGGGGCCUCUUGAUUUCCAUUCUUGGGCAAGAAACGAAAUAAGCGAACUGUGGAAUGGAGGCAGUCCAGCUCCAAGUGAGAAAGUUCGCACUGUGGAUGUUUGA